AUGUCCGCAGCCAUCACUGUCACCGAGCAAGACCGCUUCGAAGGAAUCACCCGCCCGUACUCGCAAGAGGACGUUCUUAGGCUUCGCGGUUCCAUCGACAUCAAGCACACCCUGGCGGAUCUCGGCGCGCGACGGCUUUGGAAACUCAUCCACGAAGAGCCCUUCGUUAACGCGCUCGGCGCGCUCACCGGUAACCAGGCCAUGCAGCAGGUUCGUGCCGGACUCCAGGCCAUCUACGUCUCCGGUUGGCAAUGCGCCGCGGACGCGAACAUCUCCGGGCAGAUGUACCCCGACCAAAGUCUCUACCCCGCGAACUCCGUCCCGAUGCUCGUGAAGCGCAUCAACCAGGCACUCCAGCGCGCCGAUCAGAUCGAACACAGCGAGGGUUCGCUCGGCGAGCGUAACUGGUUCGCGCCGAUCGUUGCCGACGCGGAAGCCGGCUUCGGUGGUCCGCUGAACGCCUUCGAACUGAUGAAGGGCAUGAUCGAAGCGGGCGCCGCGGGCGUGCACUUCGAAGAUCAACUCAGCAGCGAGAAGAAGUGUGGUCACCUCGGUGGCAAGGUUCUCGUCCCCACGAACCAGUUCGUUCGUUCCUUGAUCGCCGCGCGACUCGCCGCCGACGUUUGUAACACCCCGACCGUGCUCAUCGCUCGCACCGACGCGGACGCCGCACGCCUCCUGACCUCCGAUAUCGACCCGCGCGACCGUAAGUUCUGCACCGGCGAGCGGACGCCCGAAGGCUUCUUCCGCAUCAAGGGCGGCAUCGAGAUGGCCAUCGACCGCGGCCUCUCGUACGCGCCUUACGCCGACCUGAUCUGGUGCGAGACCUCGCAUCCGGACCUCGACGAAGCGAAGCAAUUCGCCGAAGGCAUCCGCGAAAAGUUCCCGAACAAGCUGCUGGCCUACAACUGCUCGCCGUCCUUCAACUGGAAGAAGAAGCUCGACGACGCGACCAUCGCCAAGUUCCAACGCGAACUCGGUGCGAUGGGCUACAAGUUCCAGUUCGUCACGCUCGCCGGCUUCCACUCGCUCAACCACUCGAUGUUCGAGCUGGCGCGCGGCUACAAGGAGCGUCAGAUGGCGGCCUACUCGGAGCUUCAGCAAGCGGAGUUCGGCAGCGAGCCGGCCGGCUACAGCGCGACGCGCCACCAGCGCGAAGUGGGUACCGGUUACUUCGACGAGGUCGCGCAGGUCAUCAGCGGCGGCACCGCCUCCACGCUCGCGCUCAAAGAGUCGACCGAAGCCGAACAGUUCUAG